AUGCGUGACUGUGAUGAUCUCUCAGAGGAGGCUCGGGCUGUGUUACUGUUAUUAGACGCCGCACACACACUCGUGAACACACACUCAUUAGUGCGCCAGUGAUUCAUCGGUGACCUUUGUGCCGCUCACGAGUCCAUCUCUCGGUUGUCAUGUGAGAAGUCAGCGGCUGCAGGUUUCUUCUGCUUCGGUGCACUGAUGGAGAAAUCAUAGAUCGACGUCUGGACACAAAAGACCUUUUAUCUCGCAGGAUUCCUGCAGCGUGAGGAUUUUUAGUGAUUUCACAGGUCGCUGAGAACAUGAAGGGGCUGGACGUCUGGUCUGACCUGGUCUGGGGUCAGUGAGGUCAAAUGCAAAAGAUUUUAAUGCAGCGCUUCCAUUCGACUUUUUGAUGAACUGUGCUUCAGAGAAAAUCUUAUUUGUGACUCGGAAGGCGCUGGAUCAAAUGUGAUUGCUUUUUUGACAACGUGCAAAACACACGAGAGGCGUCUGGAGGAGGUUUUCAGACUGAUAAAGUUCUCCACAACGUCAAAGCCUCUGUGACUCGGCAGCUCCGUCCCCAAAUCACCAGCCACUUCAGCUCUGAACAAACAGAAGAAAAGCGGCACGUUUAGAUUGAUAUUUACCUGCCGUUUAAUUCAGUCAGUUUACCGAAGAGUGAAAAUCGACUCGUGUUUGCCGUAAAUCAGUGUUUUGACUAGUGAUGAGCAUCUUCCAACAGCAAAAAAGAUAUUUCAUAUAUGUUCAUUUAGAUUUGUUCGUAAAAUACAUUUAAAUAUUAUUUACUUUAUAUUACUGAAACCUUUUUAAUAAUCGCAAUUUAGGUUUUUUUAAUAGCUUGUAAACUAUGCUUUUUUUUUGGUAAAAAAAUAUGUUUUCGGUGUUGUGCUACAGCUCAAAGAAAAGUGUACAAUAUCCUUAGUUUUUUUUACCUGCAUUUUAAAUUACACAUGUUUUUGGUUAUAAAGGAUAAUGUACUGGAACAUUGUUGAGACCUUUUCCAUUUUUCUUAUAGUAACCGAUCAUCAGUACAUGCUACUAAGCUAUUGAACAAUUAUUCAAUUAUAUUUGUGUUGUUGUUAUUAUUAAACUAAACACUAACAGUAACGUGUACACUGAGAGGCGUCUUUGAGCUCCUGUUUUUGAGUGAUUUGGAUAGAAAAUGUGGAAGAUAAAGUCACUAGGGAAGUCUGAAAAGUUGCUAAAUAUUGCCUUUACCAGCCAUGCAGAAAUGUCAUUCCUCUGCUAUAAUAAAACCUUGCGUGCGUGAUGGAUUUUCUUAGGUCGAAUCAAUUCUGCUUCUGGCGAGAAAACAGAGACUAAGCAGUUGGAUGAAGGAAUCUCCCCAACGCCGUUCUUCACAGAAAGCUCACAGAAAGCUGCUGAACCCGAGCAGGGUUUGUGACGGUGCGGCUGCAGAUGGAGGUGAAGGUUUCUCUCAGGGUUUAGCUGAGGUUAAGCAAGCUUCAGAUUCCAGGAUGACACCGAGAUUUCUGACGUGGGAAGAGCCUGUGAAAUGACUGUGAAGCUCAUUUAUAAGACCGCUACUCAACUUUGGGGAUUAUUUUGGAUUUAUCUUCAUUAAGUGGAGAAGAAGUGGACCUAAAGCAGAUCCUUGGGGCACUCCGCAGAUAACAGGAGCAACGGAUGAAGAGAACCUGUCUCUGAAACCAUGGCAAAGCAAUACCCCUGAUGAUGCUCUAACUGCGGCUCUAUAAAAGCGUCUCUCGGCCUCCUCCUCCUCGCCAUCUCAGCGGGAGAAAACAUGCUGCCGGCCGUCCUGAAGCUCAGCUGUGGAAUCACAUACCCACAUCUGCGGAGCAUGGCAGGUCUGCAGCGAGCGGCUCUGGCGGUGUUCGGCCAGGAGAUCGCACACUUGCAGAGCAGAGGACAAAUCGCCCUUUCGGCACGGAGCCCUUUGAGAUGGACUGAAAAGACUGAGGCGGCGGAGCAGAAGACGUCUUCACUGGCCGAUGAGGACGUGUUUUAUCAGAAACAAGGAGAAGCAGCGCUGGAGGAAGCUCUGAAGAUCGUUGAGUCUGAGGACGGAUGGAAACUGGAGACGGCCGAGAGGAACGGGGAUGUGAUCUACAGUAAAGUCCUCACAGGCAACAGGAAGGUUUUCCGAUUAGAGGCUGAGCUGAAAGCGUCUCCGGAGGAACUUCACGACAUCUUGUUCUUCAGGGUGGAGGAGAUGCACGAAUGGAACCCCAGCAUCAGACGCAUCAAAGUGCUGAGACACGUGGGCAGAAACACCAUGGUUACCCACGAGGUUUCGGCAGAAACGGCGGGAAACCUGAUCGGCCAGCGGGACUUUCUGAGCGUCAGACAUUCGUCCAAGCGCGAGUCACGUGUUUAUUUGGGCGGAGUCUCGACGUGGUUGGAGUCCCUGCCGCCUCAGCCGGGGUUUGUCAGAGCUGAGGACGGACCCACCUGCAUCAUCCUGCAGCCGCUCGAGGAGCGUCCUGACCACAGCCGCUUCAUCUGGCUGCUCAACAUGGACAUCAAGGGCUGGCUCCCACAGUCUCUGGUGAACAAGGCUCUUUCUCGAGUGCAGACGGACUUCACUGGACACCUGCGGCGGCGUCUGGACGCUCAGAAGCACAGACACUGAGAGUCAGACACAAACACUGACCGACCACCGAUAUAGGAACCCGGACACACAACAUACACCUCAGACCAACACCAUCAAACCCAUCUGAUCAGAGAACCGCUUUGACAGCAGAAUGACAAUAAACAAUAUUUUUC